CAUUGCAUUUGCGUUGUAAACUUCCGGAAACACAGUGUAAGCAAGGCUUUUUGAAUGCUGCUUGCCUUCAGCAUUCAGCAGCUAAGCGGUUGGCUAUGAAAGUGCAACAGAUUAUCUAGAACACAAGUUAAUUUUAAGACUUGACGAAGAUGAAGGCGAUGGCGAAUCACUACGUCGUGAGCGCACACAAGGCGACAGCCGUAAACGCGUGUGUUACCGGCAAUUUUACAUCUCCAACCGAAUUAAACCUGAUUGUCGCUAAGAACUCUCGUCUGGAGAUCUACCUCGUGACGCCAGAGGGUCUGCGUCCUGUGAAGGAAGUCGGCCUCUAUGGAAAAAUUGCUGUUAUGAAAUUAUUCAGACCACAACAUGAGAAAAAGGAUUUGUUGUUCAUUGUCACAAUAAGAUACAAUGCAAUGAUAUUGGAAUGUAUCAAUGAGGGUAACAAUUUGGAGAUAAUCACAAAAGCUCAUGGGAAUGUUUCUGAUAAAAUUGGUAAACCAUCUGAUACCGGCAUUCUUGCUGUGAUUGAUCCAAAAGCACGCGUUAUUGGUUUACGUUUAUAUGAUGGAUUAUUGAAAAUAAUCCCAUUGGAAAAAGACAACUACGAAUUAAAAGCGUCAAAUAUUCGUAUGGAUGAAUUGCAAGUUUUCGACGUGGAGUUUUUGCAUGGCUGUGCAAAUCCGACAAUUAUCCUCAUACAUCAAGAUCCGAAUGGUCGACAUGUGAAAACACAUGAGAUAUCGUUGCGUGAGAAAGAAUUCGUGAAAACUCCUUGGCGGCAAGAUAAUGUCGAAACGGAAGCGUCCAUUGUUAUUCCGGUACCGUCGCCAUUAUGUGGAGCGAUUAUUAUUGGUCAAGAGAGUAUUUUGUAUCAUGAUGGGAUUACUUCUGUUGCUGUUGCGCCGCCAAUUAUCAAACAAAGUACAAUUACUUGUUUUGCUAAAAUCGACCCCAGCGGAUAUAGAUACCUGCUCGGUGACAUGGCCGGCCAUCUUUUCAUGCUGUUCCUCGAAGUUGAAACCAACGCAGAUGGCACUGAUGUUGUACGCGACUUAAAAGUGGAACUUCUCGGCGAGAUUUCCAUCCCGGAGUGCAUAACAUACCUGGAUAAUGGCGUAUUAUUCAUUGGUUCACGAAUGGGUGAUUCCCAACUGGUAAAACUCAACAUCAAACAGGACGAGAGCGGGUCUUAUGUCACACCAAUGGAAUCCUUCACAAAUCUAGCGCCUAUCUUAGACAUGUGCGUUGUUGACCUUGAACGCCAGGGACAAGGACAAUUGGUGACAUGUUCCGGAGCAUUUAAAGAAGGAUCAUUAAGGAUUAUCAGGAAUGGUAUUGGUAUUCAGGAGCAUGCUUCAAUUGAUUUAACGGGUAUUAAGGGCAUGUGGGCGUUGAACAUUGCAUCCGGGGGUAAAUUCGACAAUACUUUAGUAUUAUCCUUCGUCGGGCACACGAUUAUAUUGAGUUUGAACGGUGAAGAAGUCGAGGAGACUGAUAUCACCGGAUUCUGCGCGGAUAAUCAGACGUUUUACUGCGGUAAUGUGAUUCAUGAACAAAUUAUUCAAAUCACCCCUGCGUCGGUGCGACUUAUCUCAGCGCAAACCAAAAAUUUACUCUCGGAAUGGCAGCCGAAGAAUGAUAAAAAUAUCAGCGUGGUUGCAUGCAACACGGAACAAAUUGUUGUUUCUACUGGUAGUAAAUUAUUCUACAUUGAGAUUCAUCCAUCGGAGUUAAUUCUGAUUGGUCAGACUAUUCUGGAUGUCGAGGUGGCUUGUUUGGAUAUUAGUCCAUUGGGUGAAGGUGCAACCAGAUCAGAUUUAGUUGCUGUUGGCUUGUGGACUGAUAUAUCCGCACGGAUUCUACGCCUGCCUGAUUUGAGUGAAGCUACAAAAGAUAAUCUAGGCGGUGAGAUUAUUCCGCGUUCGGUGUUGAUGACAGCGUUUGAAGGAGCUAAUUAUUUACUCUGUGCUCUUGGCGAUGGUUCAAUGUUUUAUUUCCUAUUGAAUAAAGAGUCCGGAACUCUUACGGAUAAAAAGAAGGUGAUUCUGGGUACACAGCCGACUGUUUUGAAGGCGUUCCGAUCCCUCAGCACUACAAAUGUGUUCGCCUGCUCGGAUAGACCCACGGUGAUUUAUUCCUCUAAUCAUAAGCUGGUGUUUUCGAAUGUGAACAUGAAAGAGGUGAAUCACAUGUGCAGCUUGAACGCGGAAGCGUAUCCGGAUAGUUUGGCACUGGCCACGGAUAAUUCGAUUACGAUCGGGACGAUUGAUGAGAUUCAGAAGUUGCAUAUUCGGACGGUGCCGCUGCAGGAGUCACCAAGGAGGAUUGCGUAUCAGGAACAAUCACAGACUUUUGGAGUUCUUUCUGUACGCAUGGAUAUUCAAGAUUCCAGUGGUUUGAUCCCUUCAAGGCCGAGCGCAAGCACUUUAGCACAAUCCGUGACAAUCUCCAGCAGUGUUGGAUCUUUAUCCAUCGGAAAAUCUAGUUCGGUGAGCGCAGGUUCAGGCACAGCUGCAGAUCAUGGAAAAGAAGUCGAGGUGCACAGUCUGUUGAUAAUCGAUCAACAUACAUUUGAAGUUCUGCAUUCGCAUCAACUCAUGCAACAAGAAUACGCCAUGUCACUCAUAUCCUGCCAAUUGGGCGAUGAUAAUAACACUUAUUACAUCGUUGGUACAGCAAUUGUCAACCCAGACGAAGCGGAACCCAAACAAGGACGUUUGAUUAUGUUCCACUGGAACGAUAAUAAAUUAACGCCAGUUUCAGAGAAAGAAAUCAAAGGAGCUUGCUAUUCUUUAGCUGAAUUCAACGGGAAAUUACUAGCAAGUAUCAAUAGUACUGUAAGACUCUUCGAAUGGACCGCAGAGAAAGAAUUGCGCCUGGAAUGUUCGCAUUUCAAUAACAUCAUCGCGCUUUACUUGAAAACCAAGGGGGAUUUCAUUCUGGUUGGCGAUUUGAUGCGCAGUAUGAUUCUGUUGCAGUAUAAAACAAUGGAGGGUAGUUUUGAGGAGAUAUCACGUGAUUACAGUCCUAAUUGGAUGACGGCUGUGGAGAUUUUGGACGAUGAGGUGUUUCUGGGUGCGGAGAAUUCUCGUAAUAUGUUUGUUUGUCAGAAGGAUAGUGCGGCGACUACGGAUGAGGAGCGACUGCAGAUGCAGCUUGUGGGACAGAUUUAUAUUGGGGAUAUGAUUAAUGUGCUGAGGCACGGAUCUUUGGUUAUGCAGAAUUUGGGCGAGACAUCGACUCCGACUUCCGGUUGUGUGCUUUUUGGCACUGUAGGUGGCGCUAUUGGUCUGGUGACGCAAAUUCCGCCGGAUUUCUACGACUUUUUGCUGGAACUGCAGAACAAACUGUCUGUUGUGAUCAAGUCCGUUGGGAAAAUUGAACAUUCGUUUUGGCGGUCGUUUCAUACAGACAUCAAGACGGAACCUUGCGAGGGUUUCAUUGAUGGCGAUUUGAUUGAGAGUUUCUUGGAUUUGUCGCCGAGUAAGAUGAAAGAAGUUGCGUCUGGGUUACAAUUUGUGGGCGAAGGAAAUAUGAAACAAGAGUGUACAGUGGCGGAUUUAGUUAAAAUCGUCGAGGAUCUUACACGUAUCCAUUAAAAUAUUACAAAUUAUAAGGAGUUACAUUAUUAUUAUUAUUAUUAAUAUUGUCUGCUAUUUCUGUAUAUCGGUAACAAUAUCAACCAACUUAUUAGAAA